AGAGGAACCAUGAGACAGGGGUUACCUUGGGCUACAAAAGUACCAGGCUCCCAGCUUCAGGUGGUUGCUGCUCUGUCCUCCACUGCCUGCUCUGAAGAAUGGCUCUGACACGACUUUAGCUCUGCUUUGAGCUAUAUGCCUGGAAUUUGGCAGGCUUUAGUAGGACUGAAGUGUGAUAAGGGUCUUUUGAGGAAGAAUAAAAGGAAAAGAAGGGAGUGGGGGAAGAAAGUCUACCUGGGAGGGAAACUUGUUAAUGAAACUCAGGAUCAAGAUCCAUAUGUUGAGAUGGGUCUGAUCCAUUGGCCUGGAGGCACUUGGAAAACACGUGCAUUUCUUUGCCUAGAUGUAAUCAAGGCUUACUCAACCAGAGCUAGUUGUCUUGAGCCAAGAGGGAAGCCACAUAUGUCAUGAAAAUGAGCAAUAUAGUUCCUCAGAACUCCGUCCUUCCCACUAGGAUUUGGUCUCUUCACCCAGCAUUACGGACUCAAUUUGGCAGCUUCCUCAGAUGAAGCCUUUGGCCGUAUGACCCUUCCUGAUGAUGCUCAGCAAAGGUUUUCACCAUCCUGGCCUUUAAUUCACUUCUGAAGAGCUGCUGCUGCUUCCAGUCUUGUAACUCCCUGUUGCCAGAGCUGUGUGAGCAGAAGAGCAGACGCUGCCCACCUGUCAGGUCAGAUUUCUGCAGUGUGCUACACGGGGGUCUGUGGUGUUUUAUUUUCCCCUUGAGGUAGAACCGAUGAAAUAUCUGCACGUGGCUCAUGGAAAGCCUUAGGGAGGGGGUAGACUGGUUUGAAUUCCCUACAGCGCUGGUGAGGACGGAGACCCUGGGCAUGUGGAGACCUCUUGGCAGGACCGUGGGAUUGCAGCCAUGUCCAGCAGCUGAAACACCACCACGAUUCUCACCACCUCGGGGUCCUGCUCUGCUCCCACACACGUGCCUGCAAGUUGUACUGACUGUACUGUCUGCUGGUUCUGCUGGGAUACCUGCCUGCACAGCAGCCAGACCUCUCCCAAAACCUCUGUCUCUGUUUAUCACGUAAUCCUCACCAGCUGAAUAUGCAGCGAGCAUGUAACUGUGUCAUCAGCUGCACCAGAAUCACCGGGUGGGAGACCGCCAGACAGCGCAAUUCUUCUUUAAACUUGUCUUAAUCUACAGUCUAAUGCUAUGGGUGUUCACCUUCGCUCCUCCUGCCAGCAUUCGUGCACAGAAGCUGCUCCACUCCCGUUGGUCUCAUCCAGUUUUUCAGACAAGUUAUUAGUGCUGAUGAGCACUGAGGUGUCUGUGGAGUUGCUUUCAGCGAGUGAAUAAUAUUUGUCAUGUUGCUUUGCCCAGCGAUAACGAUCUGUUACGACAGUCCAACACCUGCCUUUUUGCUCUACUCAGUGCGUUUAUUUCUGCAAGUGGAGGCUCCUGCCCAAAUGCUGCCUUCAUCCAGAUGCUCAGGGAGGGGAAGCUGCAGCUGGAGGGCAAGAGCAGCUGGAGAGGUGAGGCAGCUCAUCACGGCCCCGCAGUAGCCGGGGCAGGGACACCAGGCAUUCAAUUCCUCUGCUCCAGCCUCCACUCCACGUCUGUGCAGCCUUCUCCAUCCAGCUGAGAGGGAAAUUAUGUGUGCAAGAGGAGUCAGGGCUGCCUUCCCGGCACACCGUGCACAUCACUAGCACUCCCGUGCCCACCGCACGCUCAGCCACAUGCUCGAGGAUGCUGCACCUGAAAGUCCAGUUUCUGGAUGACUCCCAGAAGAUCUUUGUAGUGGAUCAAAAAUCCUGCGGGAAAGGGCUGUUCAACCUCGCCUGCAGCCACCUCAACCUUGUGGAGAAGGAGUACUUCGGGCUGGAGUUUUGCAGCCAGGCUGGGAACCAAGUCUGGUUGGAGCCACUAAAACCCAUAACAAAGCAAGUAAAAAAUCCUAAGGAGGUUCUUUUCAAAUUUAUGGUGAAAUUUUUCCCAGUGGACCCCGGCCAUCUGAGAGAAGAGCUGACAAGGUACCUCUUCACCCUCCAGAUCAAGAAGGACCUGGCACUGGGGCGGCUGCCCUGCAGCGACAAGAGCGCAGCGCUGCUCGUCUCCCACCUGCUGCAGUGUAAGGGCAGGCGAGAGCCUGCAGAGACAGUGCCCCUUCCCCGGGUAGGGGGACAACUGGUCUUGGCUUUGGCUGUGCAGCCCGGGUCCCCCCACCCAGUGACCCCUCACAGCAUCGCCCACACUUUCCUCGUGUCCUCCACAGCCGAGCUGGGUGACUUCCAUGAGGAGAUGGACCAGCAGCACCUGGCGACCCACAGGUAUCUUCCCAACCAGGAGUAUCUGGACAACAAGAUCAUGCACUACCACCGGAGACACAGUGGGAAGACGCCGGCUGAGUCGGAUGUUCAGCUGCUGGACGUGGCCAGGAAGCUGGAGAUGUAUGGGAUUCGCCCGCACCCCGCCAGCGAUGGCGAGGGGACGCAGAUCAACCUGGCUGUGACGCACAUGGGGGUGCUGGUCCUGCGGGGCAAUACAAAGAUCAACACAUUCAACUGGUCCAAAAUUCGCAAGCUGAGUUUCAAGAGGAAGCAUUUUCUCAUCAAGCUCCACGCAAACCUCUCUGCGCUGUGCAAGGACACGCUGGAGUUCACCAUGGCGAGCCGCGACGCCUGCAAGGCUUUCUGGAAGACGUGUGUGGAGUACCAUGCCUUCUUCAGGCUGUCUGAAGAGCCCAAGUCAAAGCCCAAAGCCCUUCUGUGCAGCAAAGGCUCCAGUUUCCGCUACAGUGGGAGGACACAGAGGCAGCUGCUGGAGCAUGGGAGGAAGGCAAAGAUGAAGAGCCUGCCCUUUGAGAGAAAGCACUACGCAUCCCACUACGACGAGAGGCAGUGCCGCUCCUCCCCGGACCUCCUGACAGACGUCUCCAAACAGGUGGAGGAGCUGCGCCUGGCCUACGGCAGCCGGGGUCCCUACCAUGCCAACGGGGUCCACACCUCCGAGCCCACGCUGGACAGCCGCUGCUGUGGCUCCGCCGUGGAGGUGACAUUUGCCACCGAGCUGGAGCGCUCCAAGCCAGAAGCAUCCCCCACCUUCCUGCCUCACUCCAAAAGCUCAUCUGCCUUCCCGCUGCUGUAUGCUGAGCUGGAGCUGGAGCGAGCAUGGGAGCCCUCUGACCUCUUCAGUGCCAGGAACCCCUUGACGUCCUUUCGACCCCACCACCAGUUCACCGGGAACAAUAAAAGCACCUCGGUGGGCAACAUGCAGGAGGUGAGCACCCGGCCACUGGUGUACAUGGAUGUGCCGUGUCCCCCACCCAUGGUCGCCCCAGCCCCCCAGGUCCUUUUCUACCUGGACAGGCCCCCACAGCCCCCGUGCCACGCACCAGCACCUGGUGAGGACGUAGUAGGACCAGCUGGUGGAUGUGGCCCUGCAGCUGCAAAACCCCCCCGGCGGAGCCUGAGUGGGACCCGGGCUGGGGAGUUUGAUCGUGAAGCCAUGUGCAUGGCAGCGGGCAUUAGCGUGACUCCCACUGGGGAGAGCAGAUUGCUGGCUCGCUCCUUUGAUUAUGGGCUUCAGGAGCAGCCUCCUAAGCGGUCUUGGAGCCAGUCGGACAUGAAAACCAUCCGAUUCCCCUAUGGCUCGGAGUUCAGGCCCCUGGGGCCGUGCCCCACUCUCAGCAGCCGGAAAAUGAAUAUCUUUCGGCACGUGCCAGCCCAGCAAGGCCUGGGGCUGCGACGUUCGGCCGAGCGCUACGUGGGCAGCAGCACCGAGUCCAGCGACUCCGACUCUGACCUGCUGGCCGCCGACUACUGCUCCCUGUAUGGCCGUGUGCUGCGGUCACCCAUGGCCCGGGUCCGGCUGUCCUCUGGCAGCCUUCAGCUGGAUGAAGAGGAUGAGGAGGUGUCCUUCGUCACGGGCGCCACUGAAGAGACGACUUCCAGGGGGACCUCCAGGGCUUGUUUCUGGCUAUAAAGAAGGAGCAGGUGAUGGGACUUCUCACCAUCCAUGGGUUGGCAUCCAUUGCCCUCUGGAAGGUAAAAGGUAUAAAGAUACUUCCUGGAAAUAUUUUUUUAAUUACAAAAAAACUUAUUAUUACCCUAAAAAUACAUGAAAUCUGCUCAGAAAACUGGAGAAUGAUGACAUCACUGUAAGCCUUUUUUAGGGAAGAAUCUUGGUGAUUUUAGGAACAACUCUGUGAGACUGUAACUCUGUGUGACUGUAAAUCCCAGUAAAUAUUCACAGCUAUCACUGUAACCUCCCAGAACAGCUUUUAGAAACCAGGCGGCUGGGGCAAAGACAGAAAAUAGAUUAACAUGUAAAAGAAACAGGGUUUAGGGGGUACCACGCCAUCUGCACAUCAUUGUCCUUUUAGAAGCUGGACAAUAAAAAUCAGUUGUUCAUGUCAAA